AAAUCGAGUCGUGUGCUGAGCUCCUGAACUUGCGAUGCGACUCCAUUUUCGCGGCUCGUUUCGUUCCCACUCACUCGCCGGGCACUCGCUCUCCACGACCACGGCAUGCCACUAAACUGCGCCUCCUCACCCUGCUUAACUUUUGCAGUGAUUCAGAGGAAUUUGAAACUUCGUGCCUCUGUUUUUGUCGCGGCUAGAUCAAUUGGGUCUAAGCGACUCCUUUAUUAUUCAUCAUCAUCAGAGAAACUAAGUGAAUUAAUGGAUACCAAGCCAAGAAUUAGGACACCUGUUGUCAAGGAAUGUGUGGCAAAAGCUAGAAAAGUUGAAACUGAAGUUACCGAGGAUGAUCCGGAUACAAUUGAAAGAAUGACAGUUCAAGAACUUAGAUCAAAAUUAAGGAGUGUUGGGGUCCCCUCAAAAGGUUCUAAACGUGAUCUUGUGUCUGCUUUGAAGGGAUUCCUAAAUAACAAAGUAGACGGUGAGGAUUCUCUGGUGGUAGAAGAUUGGCAAUCCUCUGAAACAAAACCAAUUUGUACUGAAAAAAAUUCAUCAAAAAGGAAGGCUAAGAGUUUGUCUGGCGAAGAGCAUGUUGUGGAGGUGAACAGUGUUUUGGAGGUUUCUGAACUUCAAUGCACUAAAAGAAGAGUAAAACAGGUCCAAGUGGAUGACAGCAUUGAAGAAGUCAAAACUACAGUAGUCACAACAAAGCAGAAGCUGUCUAUCAAAACUGAUGAAGUUUCAGGUAAGAAACCCACACAGUUAAAGAGGAAAGCACCAGCAGAAAUUGCUUCUAGGCUUGUGGAAGCUUCUGGUGAGGCUAAUCUUUCUGUAAACCAAAAUGAACCUUGGACUAUUCUUGCCCACAAGAAGCCACAAAAAGGGUGGGUUGCAUACAAUCCCAAGACUAUGAGGACUCCUCCUCUUACUGGUGAUACAAAAUUUAUGAAGUUAUUGUCAUGGAAUGUCAAUGGGUUGAGAGCUUUACUGAAGCUGAAGGACUUCUCUGCUCUGCAACUUGCUCAAAGAGAAGAUUUUGAUGUGUUGUGUUUGCAAGAGACCAAACUACAGGCAAGAAGAAAUUUACUUGCUUUGAGCUUGUUCAAUUUGCCUUAAGAAAAGUGAUAAUUUGCCCGAAAAGAGCCAUAAGAAGAAAAAAUGCUAGAGUUGGAUGCCGAAAUUGUUUUGAUAUCAUUCCAGUAAUGUUGAGAAUUGUGCAUUUGUGAUACUUCUGCACAUAAUUAUAGCUCCCUAUGAUUUACUUGUUAUUUAAAUCUGCAGUUAUUUUUUGCUUUAUAAUUGAAUUUCCUGACAAACU